GGUCUAAAUUUGAUCCGGGUCACUCGUAACCCGGAUCUAUUAGACCGCUCCAAUUCUCGGUAUUCCCACCUGCCAUAUAAACCCUAGGAGGGUGCGAGACCGAGCCAGACGCCCGCCUUCAAAGGAACCAGGAAAGUGUUCUGCAGACGCUGAGUUACAAGGCAGAAAGCAGAGAGCCAAGGAAAGAGCCACCACUCAAGCACCGAAAUGCCAAAGUCCAAGCGCAAUAGACCUGUUACGCUGUCGAAGACGAAGAAGAAGGGGAGGGAACAUAAAGAAGCGAUCGUGAAUGCAAUAAGGGAUGCCGCCGAGAAUUACAGUUCUGUUUAUGUGUUCUCUUUCGAGAACAUGAGAAACCUCAAGUUCAAGGAGUUCAGAGAGCAGCUCAAGUCCACCAGUAGAUUUUUCCUUGGGUCAAACAAAGUCAUGCAGGUUUCUCUCGGUCGGUCUGCUGCUGAUGAGACUACACCUGGCAUUCACAAAGUCUCAAAACUUCUACGUGGAGAUACUGGGAUUUGUUUUACCAAUUUGCCAAAAGAAGAGGUUGAAAGGUUAUUUAAUGAAUAUGAGGAAUAUGACUUUGCAAGGACAGGAAGUAUGGCAACAGAAAGGGUGGAGCUUAAGGAAGGUCAUCUGGAGCAAUUUACGCAUGAGAUGGAGCCAUUCAUACGCAAGCAAGGGAUGCCUGUUCGGUUGAACAAAGGUAAUGUGGAGCUUGUUUCAGAUUUCGUUGUUUGUGAGGAGGGAAAGCCCUUGUCGCCUGAGUCAGCUCGCAUAUUGCGUUUGUUGGGGAUCAAGAUGGCUACAUUUCGACUUCACUUGAUCGCCAGAUGGAACCCUGAGGAAUUGGAGCUUUAUAUUGAAAGACCAGAUGAUUCUGAUGUUGAAUCCGCCUAAUCGCUUCUUUAAGGUUCACCAUAGGUUUUGCAGAUAAUUCGGGAGAGCAUAUUUAUAUGUUUCGGCACGCUGCCAGCGUAGCAGUCAUCUAAUUGUGGUAAUGGAUGAGAGCAUGUAAUUGUCAGAGAGUGGAUUAGGAACAAUAUGUCAAGUUAUGAAUUUCAAAUUUCAUAUCAAUAACUGACUGACACGUGUAGAA